UUUGAGCAGCGGACGCGGGAAAUUAAGGGAGGUCGGUGGCAUGAGUGACAAGUUGGCCAAGAGAAUCCUUAACCUUAUUAAGGCUGAGGAGUGGAGUGAGAUAGAAGAACUACUACUCAACACUGAAGAUGACUGGGUGCUGGAGAGUUUGUUUCUCCUAUCUAAGCAGUGGGGAUUACAGCUUCUGACUUAUACCAGGUACCUAAUCACUAUCUGGUGAACAAGGGCUACAUUACAAAGAAAUCCAACCUGAGACUUUUGACCUGGCUUGGGAUUUGAACCUGGGUCCUCCCGAUUAUGGUGGAGCAACAGAUGUACAGGGCAGAGGGGCCACAAUGGGUGAAUGGUAUCCUUUCCUCUCUCAGCUGUCAAACCAGGGAAAGCACCAACCUCAGACUUAAGGUGUACCAAGCUGUGCUACGGGUGGUGAGGGUAGAGGUGGCUGGCAGAGAGAGAAGCAUUGGAGAAUUGGUGGCAGUGUUGAUGAUGCAUGUAGACACCUUCCCCAGCCACACACUGGUCACACUGGUGGACCAGUAUGUGGAAUUGGUACGGAGUGGUCAGCCUCUCCAAGGAAGAUGGGUGGACCUCAUGGCUAAGACAAUCACCAGUGUGAGUCACAAAGAGGAAGUCACUGUGGAGGGUCUUAAGAUGGCUGGGGAAGAUUACCGCUACCAGGUUGUCAAGACACUCUGCGACCUACCCUGGUCUGCUGAGACUGCCAUCAGUCUCCUGUCUGUCAUAAAGGACAUGGACCUUCCCAAGGAGGAGCUGGAGGAUGUCAUCCACAAGGUGAAGGAAGUGCUAAAAAAAGUUGACUACCAGAGUGUACCACCACUAGUGUACCACCUGGUGCAAGUGGUUCAUUCCAAACUUCCUCAUCGUGUGUUGCAGCUGGUCAUCAACUACUUCAACAAGCAGGACCUCAAGAUGGAAUCCUCCCAGGGCCAGGACCAUUCCUCAGACAUCAGGACUGAGGACCUGAUGAAUGAUGAUGCCAUUGAAGACAGUAAGAAGACAGAUCUGACAGAAGCAAAGGGCACAGUGAUUCUACACUUGACACACCAUGCACAGUACAACCCAGCAUUGGUGCAGGACUUCCUCAAGCACAUGCGUUCCUCCAUCUGGCUCACUGAGAGGCUUGUCACCCCUUUCAACUUAGCUCUUGCAUUUUCCCUCACCUCUGUUGAAAAGUUUCAAGAUAAGAUCCUAGAUUCUCUCAAAUCAUGUCUUCUGAAGUUUUUCCGCGAAGAAGAACAGUCCCAGCAUUGCCAGUGGCUACGGGAUGCUUGGGCCAGUGACUGUGAUGUCCGUAGUGCCUUUAUCACGACUGUGGAAAACUGUGGCAUGGGUUGGGAUCAAGUGAGCCAGGGAUUGGUACAACUAGCUUGUGGUCUGCUGGAGUCAGGUGGCGGUACCAAGGGGGAAACUUAUGCCAGCCAGCGUGCAGUGGAACUGGCAGGCCUGUUGCUGCCCCUCAUCAUCAAGCGACAACCACAUCUCAUACGCUCCGUUAUCUCCCAACUUUCCUGUUUCAUACUUUCAUCUUCGUCACCAGAACAGUACAUUGUGAUCCUGGAGAAAUUGGUCCGAGCUGUGCCCUUGACUGUUCUGAAUCAUCACGAUGUGCUUCGUGAAACCCUCGAAUACCUUGAGCAUCUUCCCCUGGGUGCUGCUACCCACUUGCUGUUGGCUCUCAAUCCACUGCUCAAGAUGAACAUCGCCCUCAAGGAUUCCCUAAUGAUCAUAUUGAGGAAGAUGCUCUUCUCAAGGAAGAUUGAAAGCCGUCAGAUUGCUGUCAGAGGCUUCUUGCAGUUCCUGAAAUAUUUCCGGGUGAUGGGAACACUGCCAUCCUCCCAGGCAUCCAUGUCUUUCUCUUCUUCCCUCAGCAGUACCAGUGUAAAUGUUAAUGUUCACUCAGUGUUCAACAGCUCCACCAAUGAAGCCCUAUGUCUUGAACUGCUUGGGGUGCUGAGGCGGUGCUUUUCUCAACAACAGGAGGUAAAGUGCACCCUCUACCAAGGACUGUAUGAAGUGUGUGCUGCCAACCCUCACUUAGUUGUAAGCGUCAUGGAGCUGCUGCUACAACACAGCCGAACUUUCAUGGACUUGCGGCCAGAUGCCCUCAAUCCUGUUCAACUGAAGAGAGUUGUCCAAGUUCAGGGGGAGAGUGUGAUCCUGGUGGAACCUCUAGGUGACUUGUUGUCUGCCCUUGCUGCCUGCCAGGCCUAUUACCACAAGCACAGGGAUCUAGUUGCUGCUGCUGAUGGGGAGAAUGAUGAGGACAAUGUAGUUUCAGUCCUAAAUGAAACUUGUUCACUCUUUGACAAGCUAAUAGAGAAGCUUUCUGGGUGUGACCUGGGAGAUAUGGGCAUCAAUACUAAUGGGGAUUUUUCUUCUGGCUCUGCUGCAGGUAAGAAAAACCUACUGAAUGCCCAGGUAAUGGCUACUGUGUUUGACAGCUUGUUGGAAUACAUCUUCUUGACAAAGAAACAGUCACAGGAGACAGUGCCCACAGUUCUUUCUCUCUUCAGAUCACAGCAAAAAAUAGUUGAUCUUAUAACAGAAAAAAAUCAGAGACCUGGCAAGAAAGGAGAAGGAUCAAAAACUAGAGGACGGGGACGUCUACCAAGCAAGCCAACAACACCUUUUAAGAGUAACUUGAGCUUGCGUGUGACAGCAGAUAUACUAGCCACCACAUUGGCUGAAGAAGAGGGACAAGAUGGGGAGGGAGCUAAUGACAGCAUUCGCACAGUACUGGGCAACAACCAUGGAUUCCAAAUGUACCUUUUAAAUGUUGUAGAAAUCAAUUUGUCUUCUUUCAAGGGAUUGACUCGAUUGGAGAGAGAAAAACUUUUACCUCCCUUGAAAACCACUGCCAAGAUCUUGUUAGAAGAAUGUAUUGGCUGUGUUGGAGGACCAGAUGCCUCAGAUGUACGGGAGGUGACCAGAUUGAGGCAGAGCCUCAACAUUGUGGCCACCAUCAUGUCUAUUUUUUGUAAGCACUUCAAACAUAAGCUUGAGGCAGUGCUUAAAGAUGUGCUGGGAAAAACUGAGGUAUCUUCUCUCAGUGUGCUGCUGCACAAGAUAGCUAAACGUUGUCGGAAGAUGCUGCUGAGGAUCCUGCAUCACAAAGAGCGUGAUUCCUUGUUGAAGGAUGCCACCAUCCUUGUUCAAAUGAUCAACACUGUUUCUCAAUCUAUGGAUUAUAAUAGCCCACUGCUCCGAGAAGUACAGGAGUGGGUGUUGCAGCUUUCUAAAGAUCAAAACUUUGAUAAUCCAGCUCUGACGGAGGCUCUCCUGAAACUAUUGUUCCAACUAUCAGAUCAGGUGAAAGCCAACCAUUCUAUGACAUGGGAAUUAGCACAAGAACUGCAUUCUAAAUUGGGUGACCACAAGGAGGACACUGAAGUGAAGAGCCAUGAUAAAUAUUCUGUGGUGACUGAGGAUUCAGCCCCAACUGUUUUAGGUGUUACUCUGAUUCACCUAGAUACAGCUCUGGCUUUAGUGGAGUUGGUUGUCUGCAAGAUGAGGGCUAGUCUCAGUGCAGGAGGAGACUAUGACUUGGAAAAAGUAGAACAGUGUAUAAUCACUAAAUGCAGUGCAGUAAUUUCUGGUAUACAUGAGAUCAUCCAGUCUGCCCUACCACUUGGUUCACUAGUUGACCAUACACUCACCACAGUCACCAAGCUCUACAAUGCACUUUCAUCUUAUGUCAAGUAUUACCUUGACUUGUACCGCUUGCGCAGCCAUACACAGCUUUCAGAGAAGUUUGAGAAGUUGGUGAAAAUGUCUGGAGAUUUAGUGAGUGGACCAGUGUAUCCCAUGAUCACCUAUAUUGAUACCAUUCAGCGACAAGUUUCAGACAUGGGGAAGGGCACCAAAAAGGGGACAGUUCUCAUUACCCGUGCCAUUAAAGAGUCUAAGCUUAUUCCUUCCCUCAUUUUUGCAGUAGAGCGAUAUGAAAACCACCUCAUCACACUUUCCCGCAAGUCAAGAAUCAACCUGAUGCAUGGGAUGAAGGUGAGCACCAACAGGGACUUCCGAAUCAUGGUGUCUGCACUUGUAGAGGACAUCGAGGGUGAAAAUGGGGAGGGGGAAAAUGGAGAGGAAGAGGCAGCUGGAAGAAAAAAUGGAAAUGGAGUCACAAAUAGUCCCACAUCAGACAGGGACAGUGGAGAUGAGGACAGGUCAGUGAACUCACCACCAUCUUCUCCAGAUGUCUCUUCCUCUUCCAAAAAGCAUAAUUUCAAGAGUAGUAGUUCAAAUCUGGCCCAAAAGAGGAAAACCAUGUCUCAAGAACACAAGGGCAUUGCCCAGUCUCAACAUCAAGUCUCACAAACUAAAAAGAGCAAGAUGUCUCUUAAGAGGAAAUAAAAUUUAGCCUACCUAAUUGAGGAAAUUUGUUCUUUUUGGUCUUUGAAAUAGAAAUUCAUAUAUAAAGGAUUUGUUCAAGGUGUAUGUGACAAAUACUAGUACAGAUAAACAUUAUUUUGGUCUUGCAUAUAGAAAACAAUGUGGUAGAUAUUUCCUCUUCAAGUUCUUAAGUUACUUGGAUUCCCCCAUCCCCCCAACUUUGUAGAAUAUCAACUUAUAAAAUGCUGACUUUUGGAGAUUUUAGUGUAUUUUUGUUUUGUGUUAUUCAUCAAGGAUUGUGUGCAUUCUGGUUUCAUGGUGUUUAAGGUGCAUCUUCAUUUGGCAUGGGGUUGCUGGUGUGUCAAUUUAUCCUUUGAUUGCAAUCAGUGCUAAGUAACUAAACUUCAACAGCAUUAUACAAAGGUAGAACUCUGGAAAUUUGAAUCCCAAUCUGGAUAAACUUAUUUUUACCUUAAGCAAUGAAUCCUGAGCCACUUUCCUUGUUUGUAUGGCUCUAUAAACUGUAUAUGUGUAUUAUAUCUUUUAAAUGAGAGUUGAUUGGAAUUUGGA